AUGGACUUUGUAGUUAACGGAGUAGUGGAGUUGCCACAACCUGGUUUCUUUAAUGAAACGAUUAUUCCUUUUUUGAUGGAAAAUAAUGUUAUUCAAUCAGAAAGAAUCGCUGCAAAUUUGCAUUCUAUAUUUUACAUUUCAAUCUUCUAUCAUUUAUGGUUUUUAUUUGGUACUCAAAUAAUGUUCCCAAAGAUUGCUAAUCUAUUAUUUGACAAAAAAGAUGAAACUUUGACUGACAAGAAAAAAUACAAUGCUCUAAUGAUUCAAAGUGGUAUUCAUUUAGUUUCUUUCGUUCAGGCAAUCAUUGUAUUAUAUCUAUCCUUAAAAUGUAUGUUAUAUGAUGAAGAAUAUUAUCAAGUAUACACGGAUUCGUUUUCAAGAAUCUUUGGUAGCAUAAGGGCAACAGAAGUGAUCUGUGUCUAUGCAAUCGGCUAUUUUGUUUGGGAUAUUUAUAUUUCAAGUAGAUACUCUGAAUUGCCAUUCAUUCUUCAUGGAAUCAUCUCCACUGUAGUGUAUGUCAUUGGACUAAAACCAUCUAUCCAAUACUAUGCUCCAGUUUUCUUAAUGUUUGAAUUAAGUAAUCCAUCAUUGAAUAUCAGAUGGUUCCUAAUGAAAUAUUUCCCUAACCAAAAAUCCCUUUUAACUGCGAACAAUUUAAUGUUGAUGGUUAUUUUCUUUUUCUGUAGAAUUGCAUGGGGCUGGUUGCAAAUUGGGAAACUAUGCUACGAUUAUUACAUGACAAUGGAUCAACCAGGCGUCAAUCAAUUAGACACCAUCAUUAUUGUCGGUGGCAAUUUAGUACUAGACGUAUUAAACAUCGUUUGGUUCCGCAGUAUGUUACUUGCAGCCAUUAAAGUACUCAAACAGAAGUUUGUGAACAAAAAAGAAAACUCUAAGAGAGAUUAG